AAUCUUCUGCGCAACUCGACGUUCGACACUCGACGCUUGCAUGUAAUAGCACCUUUAUGCUAUUCUGCUGCAUGGAUUUUCACCCUUAAAAAACGAGAAACGUGUCUUUCUGAAAGACGGAAGUGUGAUUCCGUCUGAUACUCAGGGCCUUGGUAAAGAAGAAGGAGUGUGAUUCGCGCGGCAGAAUGGCCAAUUUGUCGGCGAACAUGACUGUGUCGAGCAUUUUGAAGAACAAGAGCUCGUUCGACGAUGAACCGCGGAAGAAGAGCAGAGAGGAUUGGCGAAAAGCGAAGGAGCUCGAAGAGGCGAGGAAGGCUGGCACGGCGCCCGCGGCCGUCGACGAGGAAGGUAAAGACAUUAAUCCGCAUAUCCCGCAGUACAUCAGCGCGACACCAUGGUACUUUGGGGCUCAGGGUCCCACCCUGAAACAUCAGAGACCGCAGCCCGAGAAGCAGAAGCAGUACAGCACCAUAGACUCGUGGUACAACCGCGGGGUGGACACCUCGCGAGCGGCUACCAAGUACCGUAAAGGCGCCUGUGAGAAUUGCGGCGCGAUGACUCACAAGCAAAAGGACUGCUUCGAGAGACCGCGCAAGGUCGGCGCAAAGUUUACUAAUUCAAUGAUCGCGCCGGAUGAAUUCACACAGCCCGAGCUGUCUAUGGAUUACGACGGCAAGAGAGACAGAUGGGCCGGUUACGAUCCUUCCGAGCACCGAGCGAUCGUGGAGGAGUACCAAAAGAUAGAAGAGGCCAAGAGGCAGAUGCGCGCAGAAAAGCUCAACGCGGAGGAGGAGAACGAUGAGCAAGACUCGGACAAGGACGAGGACAAGUAUGUGGACGAGGUGGACAUGCCUGGUACCAAGGUCGACUCCAAGCAGCGCAUCACUGUGAGAAAUCUCCGUAUUCGGGAGGACACCGCAAAGUACCUGCGCAAUUUAGAUCCAAAUUCGGCGUACUACGAUCCAAAGACCAGAUCCAUGCGAGACAAUCCUUACGCCGGUACAGAUCGCGAAGUGGACUUCAAGGGCGAGAACUCCGCGCGUUUCUCGGGAGACACGCAGCAGCAUGCUAAUGCGCAAUUGUUCGCUUGGGAUGCACACGAGAAGGGAGUCGAUGUACAUUUGUUGGCUGAGCCCACAAAAUUGGAACUACUGAAACAGGAAUAUGACAAGAAACGCGACGAAUUAAAGGAAAAGGCGCGCGACAGUGUGAUUGAACGUUAUGGUGGCGACGAGCACCUUAAAGUACCAUCAAAGUCUCUGUUGUUGGCGCAGACCGAGCACUAUGUCGAGUAUUCGAGAUAUGGUAAAAUAAUCAAGGGACAAGACAGACAAGUGAUACGAUCCAAGUACGAAGAGGACGUUCAUCCAAACAAUCACACAUCAAUCUGGGGUUCCUACUGGCAGGAUGGAAAAUGGGGCUACAAAUGUUGUUAUUCCUUUAUUAAAAAUUCAUAUUGUACUGGGGAAGCAGGAAAGAAAGCGGCGGAGGCAGUGAGCAACAGUAUACCAGAUAAAAUAGCAUCUGAACCAGAAGAGACAUAUGAUAAACCAAAUACAAUGGAGGAUAACCGUUCUUCCAGCACUGAGUCUUCAUCUGAGGAUGAAGAGAUAAAAAGUAGAACGGAAAAGCAGAGUAAAGCGGCUAAACGGAAAUUGAAGAAACAGAAACGUAAAGAAAAUCGCAAGAAUAAAAAACGGAAUAAUGCAGAGCAAGAUGAUGACAAACUAAAGGAAGCACUAAGAAAGGAGGAAGAAAAUACGAGGCAGGCGGAAAGGUUGUUAAAUCUGGAUGAAAGGAAACGUCCAUACAACAGCAUGUAUGAAACAAAAAAAUUGACAGAAGAAGAGAUAGAAGCGUUUCAAAUGAAACGCAAACGGGACGAAGAUCCAAUGGCGCAUUUUCUUUAAAAAUAAUAUUUUAGCAAUACAACACUGAAGCUUAUUUGCACCAAUGUAUAGCUUAAUUUUAAUUUAAUUUAACUUAUUUUCUAUCUUAGAAUUUAAAAAAGAAGUAAGUUAAAUCGAGUUUAUAGUUAAGCUACAUUAGUGCCAAAUGGGUUUAAAUUGAUAUGUAUAUAUGUGUAUAUAAAAGUUUGCAAUAUUUAUCUUAUGACAUUCUGUGAAAAUCCUAUAAUGUAGUAUUUUAAUGAUAUUAAUUAUAUAUUAUUUCAACUAGAAUUGUUAAAAAUUUUUUUAUUACAUACUUUGUUGUCCUUGAUCUAAUUUUUUUAUAUAUCAAUCUUUCUUAAAUAGUAAAAAAUUUAUUUUGUUAAUGGUAAUAGGAUAUUUAAUACAUAGGUACUGUAAUACUAAUGUUUCUUGCUUAAUAAGUUAAUUAUCAGUUUGGAUAGAAAACAGUUAAAAAGUUAAUAAAAUUAGAACGUUAAUAAUUUUUAACUUAAUUUUAAAUGAGUUAAUUUUUUGUUUCAUCUAAUUAUAACCCCUCGAGUUACAUAUUUUGCAAAAAAAUUAUUAUUUUGAAGUAAAUGCAGUCAAUGAUUACUCCACUUUCACAAUAAAAAUUUAUUUUCUAUAUAUAAAUAAAACUGCUUUUUUAUUUUCUGUAAAUUAAAUUAUUUUAUCAUUAAAUUAUUUAAUUUCAAAUAUUAGUAAAAAAAACUUCCCAAUCUACAUCAUUUGAUCUAAAUGAUCCAAAUUAAAUGUUUAAAGCGUUUAGUUUGAAUAAAGAAUUGUAUCACUAUCAUAAAACGGUUGAUAAAGGGAGGUUUAAUUCUAUUUAGAAUUGAAAAUUCCAGAAAGCCAAUCUGUACGAUUGGUUCUAUGGAAUUUUCAGUUAAUUCAAAUAUUAUCUUUGAGAAUUACAUGUAACUUUUUGAAAUAGGGAAAAUUAUUUUGGUUUAUUAUUGCGCGUUAGUUGCUUGCACGGGGUAAAAAAAUUGUAUAGAAUAUUUUACUAUAUAAAAUAUUAAAUGAUGUAAUUAAUACAACUACUAUAUAUAAUGAUUAAUACAAUAUUUGAAACUUUUAAGUUAAAUUAUAGGAAGCAAAUUUUAAACUAUUAUGUACAAACGCUUCUUCAAAAUAUGAAAAAAUAUUUACAUACACUUUUUUCAUAUCUUGCAAAUAAACAUUUGUGCACAUUUA